AUUAUAAGCCCUACUUGCUCCAUGUGACCCAUCUCAUCUCAUCUUCUCUACUACUUUCUCAUUCAAAAACUCCAUUCUUUCAUGCUCUCUCCCACUCUCUAAAUUUAACAAAGAUUUGAUUGGAUCCAACAUUUAUAAAUCCCUCUAAUCAAGCUCCACAUUUCAUAAAAAUGGCUCCACUAUCCUCUUCAAGUAAGCUACUCUUGCUGUAUCUUGUCUUAUUUCUGCUUAGUUUUCUUCUUUUUUCCUCUGCUUCUUCAGAUUCUUCCUCUCUUCAAAGCAAACAUUUUCUAGGUUCAAGGAGAUUCUUAGAAGUAAAUGAAGAAGAUGAAGUCCAAUCACCAUCACCCAAGAAGAAAAUUUCCAAUCUUUUAACUACCAAGAACCAAACCAAGCUUACCAAACCCAAUCUUUCUGCUAAAAACCAAACCAUCAAGCUUAUUAAGGAUACUAAUUCAUUACUCAAGACCAACAAAACCAAACUUUCUUCAAACUCAACCAAAUUUGAACUCAAAAAACUCAACUCUACUUCUCAUCAGCUUAUCAAAAAGCUUAACUCCACUUCGAAAUCUAAUAACUCAGCCAGCAAAUCCAUCAAGAAAAUGUCAGAUCUACUCAAAUCACCCUCACCCAGCAACAAAACAACCAAACCAAUCUCCAACAAAGAUACCCUAAUCCUUAAAAACACUCAAUUGUCUGAAUCUCAAACCAAGAACCAGAAAACCAAUGAGAAAAAACCCGAUACCAAUACGAAAACGCCACCGAAAUCAACGAAACGGAUUGAUCCCGACAUGGAAGAUGACUUGGUAGCUGAGUUUAGGGAUCUCCCAUCGAAAUUCCAGCAAUCUUUAAUACCUGAUCUUGAGAGAAUCUCAAUAACUUCUCAAAAAUACCUUACAAAAGCUAACAAAGAAAUGACCAGAGGCUUUAAACCAAUAGUUGGUACUAAAUAUGCAUCCAUUACAGCCACUGUUGUGUCCUUUGCUUUCAUUACAAUCCCACUUCUUUUAGUUUCUUUAGUAUUUAACAGAAUCAAAGCCUAUUUUUCUGUCCAAAAGAUUGUCAUUUUUAUCCAAGUUUACCUCUCAAUUUACUUCUCAAUACUGUGUGUUUCUUCACUGGUUACUGGGCUUGAGCCAUUGAAGUUUUUCUAUGCUACUUCACAGUCUACUUAUGUUUGUUUAAUGGUUUUGCAAACUUUAGGGUAUGUUUUGUAUCUUUUGUUGCUUUUGAUGUAUUUUAUUCUUGUUUUCUCUACUGAAUCUGGGCUGGGCUCUAAGUUGUUGGGCUUGGGCCAGAUUGUUGUGGGCUUUGCUGUUGGGCUUCAUUUCUACGUGGCGGUUUUCCAUAGGGUGGUUUUGCAUCAACCUCCUAAGACUAAUUGGAAGGUUCAUGGGAUUUAUGCCACUUGUUUUCUUGUGAUUUGUUUGCUUUCUAAAUUUGAUAGGAGAAAGAAAGCUUACUUGGAAGAGGGUGGUGAAGAAGGGAAAAAGAAUUAGUGUAAUUUUUGUUUUUUUUUUUGUUUUUUGGACGGAAUUUACCAUAAUGCCAUUGGCAAAGGAACAAUGGUUGAUUAUUUUAGAAUCCAGGAAAGCUUAGUAGAGAAUUUUUUUUUUUCAAGUGUAUUCAAAUUUAUAGUCAUUGUAUGUCAUCAAGAUUAAAAAUAUGGAAAAUUACAAAAAUAAAAUAAAAUAGUAAUGUUCUAUAUUCUCUA